AUGUUAUCAUCACACGUCGAGCACGUGCGCUGGCUCGAAAAUGAGGGAAUGAGCGCAGAGGGUGCUGGCGAUGAGGGCGAAAACACAAGAAUGAGGUACACACACGUUGGCAGCGGUGCAGGCGGUAGAUGCGGACAGUGCGCGCUGCAGCGUGAUCAUACCGACAUGAAAUGCAGCAUCCCCUGUCAUGAUGGUCGCCCGCCACCCUCAGCAACUUGUCUUGCCAAAAGGCGGACGAUGUACCUCUUAGACCUUGCUAUCGCUGAUUCCACAUCUCUGGGCACGAACUAUGAGCUUUUACCGAGCAACCCAGCAGCGGUACCUCCUAGAGGGGAUCCAGCUUCCUGCCCUGCUCUCUACCUCCAACCUCCUGAUGUAUUCAAUUCACUCUCCCAGCAGGCGAGGCGCGAAGGUCAUGCAUGCAUGCUUACAGACUUACAGUCGUGCCUACCGAAUCUUCUCUACCACCUUACUCUACUUACUCUUACCGUGCCUCGUAUUAGCUUACUCUCUACACGCAAGCAAAAACGUCUCACGUCGCACAUUACACAUUCGACGACUGCAAUGGAUAAUCCAAAAGUCUUACAUGAGUUAGACAACGGGUUUGUCGUGCGCGCAUGGGUGCGUUCAAACAACCUCAUCGCGUCGACCAAUGAUGUGCUGACCGCAGGCGGAGCGAUUGAGUGA